AUGACCGUGGAGUCGGCAUUAAUCGGUGAUGGCAGUGACUACUUUAACAUAGAUUCAUCAUCAGGCGAUCUGACGGUUGCCAAACCUGUGAAUAGAGAUGGACCAGCAGGGAUUAGGUUCCUCGACAAUAUGACUGUAACGGUAACAGAUAAAGCGGGACACAGAUCCAGCGAGUCAUUAAAUAUUACUGUCACCGACAUCAACGAUAAUUCCCCUGUAUGUGCAGAUGACAUCAUUAAUAUCACAGUCACAGAAAAUUCUGCUGAUAGACAGCACCUCGCGUCUGUUGACUGCACGGACGCAGACUCUGGGUCUAACGGAAAUAUCAGCGCGUCUAUAACGGAAGGCAACACUGAUGGCGUUUUCUACAUGACUGGUCUACAGCUGUAUGUGAAUGGAAGCGAAGUAGACUACGAGCGGAGCGAGAGUCACGUGUAUACUCUAGUGAUUAAAGUAACAGAUCUGCCACAAAGCGAUCACCCGCACACAACAGCAGUGUUGGUCUAUGUCACAGUUUUGCCAGUAAAUGAACACAGCCCUGUAUGGAAAGAUCCAGCCACUGAUGGCAUGGAUAUGUUUCCUGACUUGCUGGUACAAGAAGACGUAGUUCCUGGAGAAGAAAUCCUCAAAGUGUCUGCUUCUGACGAGGACUCUGGUUCUGAUGGUGAUCUGCGAUACAGUAUCCAGUCAGCGACGUCAAGCAAUGGUAAUUCGACCGGUGUUUUCCACAUAGACAGUCUAACAGGCUCUCUGACCACUGUCAAACCUUUAGACGCUGACGCAGCAACAGGCGGUGUAAAAUUUCACAUCAUCGUUAUAGAAGCCAGAGAUUCUGGAACUUCCACAAAGAGUGUCACGGGAACUGUGAAGAUUUUCUUAGAACCCACCAACGACAAUCCUCCAAAAUUUACCAAAACGGUUUUCAAAGUAUUCGUCCCAUGCGAGACAGAACUUAAUACAGAAAUCUUUAAACUCGAAACGAACGACGCUGACGGUGACUCCGAUGUUUUGUUCUCUGUGUCAAGUGGUGCUGAUGAUUUCGUGUAUGUUGAUCAGUCAAUGGGAUCGAUGGUGUUAAAAACAUUUCCAUCUCAGCAGUCAACGUCGUCGGAUCUGGUGAAAACAGUGAAGGUGCGGGUCACCGACGUUGACGAUGACAAUUUCAGAGACGAGGCUCACGUCAGUGUGGUGUUUGAAGACUGCUCACCACCCGUCAACUGCACCACACAGAAACCAGUCGAGUGUACUACAUGUGAAUCAGACAUCGUCGCUGAAUGGGUACUUAGAGGUUUGCUGAUGGCAUUUGGUUUUGGACUGUUGGUUACCAUAGCGAUGUAUAUGAAGUUAAAAAUGUGCCCUAGUGGUACAGUUGGCAACGGACCAAAACCUGCCUGGGCAAAGAACAGUAUUGAGAGACCAGAGAGUUACGAACACAGCUUACCAAUGGAUGAUCUUAUAUUAGAAGAUGUUCCGUCGAUGCUUCUGAAGAAAUUGUGA